AUGGUCUUUGAUUGGGGUUGUGUGAGUUGCUUUUCGGACUUCAAUCAUUUAAAUGUUGUGAAUUGUGAGCCGCCCGCGUCCCCGCCGGCUAUCUUCAACACCAGUCUCUCUUCUCCUCCUCCCGUCGCUUCCGCACUUAGAGCCGAUACAGGAAGCUCAAGUGCGGAGGAUUCGCUGCAAUGGGAGGAGCUCAUCGAGAAGGGAAUAUACAAAUGCAGGUUCUUAGCCUUCUUUGGAGUGCUGGGUUCUCUUAUGGGAUCUGUGCUUUGUUACCUAAAGGGAUGUGUGCUUGUGAUCAAUUCCUUCGCAGAUUACAUUGGUAAUGGUGGAAGAGUGAUAGUAAUGUUGGUUGAAGCCGUGGGUAUAGCUCAUAUACCAUAAAUGGGACAAAUGUUGGAGUAGAACUGAGCCCACGAGCGAAGUGGAGCUGAAUGAUCUGUCCAAUCGGGGGAGUUUCAUUAUAUGGGUUAGGGGUGCAA